UAGAAAAAUCAAAAUUACACUCACAAUUACACUAACAAAACCCCUCCCUCUUUGACUCUCUACUCUACUCGUAUUUUUAGUCUUUACAAACUUUAUAUAUUACUCCCUCAAAUUUGGUACUUGGGGUACUAUGUAAUAAGCUAAGAGAAAAAGAAAUGUUCCUUUGUUGCGGUUUUGUGAGCUCCUAGAUCGAUCUGUUCAAAGGGGAGGGUGCAACUCUGUUUUUGAGCUGAGCAAAAGCUUCUUGAACUCAAUCGGGUACUUUAUUUUCGAUCUUCAUCAAUUUUCAUCUUCUUCAUGGCAAACAUGGUAGUCACUGAGUCCGAUAUGAUCUCCCAUGGCGAAGUAGAUUCGCCAUUGCAACACGAUCAACAGCCCAACAACGACAACAACAAAAACAACCCUUUCUCUUCGCUUGGAAGACAAUCCUCCAUUUACUCUCUCACCCUUGAUGAGUUCCAACACGCUCUCUGUGAGAGCGGCAAGAACUUUGGGUCCAUGAAUAUGGACGAGUUUCUCAAUAGUAUCUGGACCGCCGAAGAGAACCAAGUCGUCACCACCACCACCACCACCACCACCGUCACCACCACCACCAGUUUCGCCAACAACAACAACAACAACAACAACAACAACAUGAGCAGCAAUGCCUUCUUGGCUCUAAGCGAAGCGCAUAGUGAUCAGAAGGAAAUGAUAGCAAAGCAGCCAAGCUUGCCAAGACAAGGUUCGCUUACGCUUCCAGCACCGUUGUGUAGGAAAACAGUGGACGAGGUUUGGUCUGAAAUACGCAACAAAGGGCAGGAAGGACAACAUCAGAAUAGUAACAGUAACAUCAGUGGUAAUAGCAAUGAUGGUGAUAAUGUUCAAAUUCCCGAGUCUGCCCCUCGCCAGCCGACUUUUGGCGAAAUGACCCUGGAGGAUUUUUUGAUAAAGGCAGGGGUAGUUAGGGAAUCGUGCACAUUACCAGCGAUAGUGCAACUACAACCUCAGCCACAACAGCAGUACGGGGUGUACCAGAAUAACAACCCAACAGUUGGUCACAGUUUUGUCAAUAGGCCUUUAUUAGGACUUGGUGGUGGUGCUGGUGGUGGAGCUGGAGGUAGUGUUGUUAGUGGUGGCGGCGGCGGCGGCGUUGGUUCUAGUGUUAGUGUUAGUACAUACCAAGCAAUGUCACAAGGUGGUGGUGGUGGUAUUGGAGAGUCAUCAGGGUAUGCUGGAAAUGGCAAGAGGAGUGGUGGUGGGUACCCACCACCGCCACCGCCAACUGUUUGUUUUGGUGGGAGGGUAGUGAAUGGUGGUGGUGGUCCAUAUGGGGCGGCACCGGCAAUGGGACCGGUGAGUCCAGUUUCUUCUGAUGGGAGGUGCACUACUCAGGUUGAUAACACAAGUCAAUUUGGGUUGGAGAUGGGUGGGAUGAGGGGAAGGAAGAGGAUCAUAGAUGGCCCGGUGGAAAAGGUGGUGGAGAGGAGACAGAGAAGGAUGAUCAAGAAUAGAGAGUCUGCAGCAAGGUCUAGAGCCAGGAAACAGGCAUACACAGUAGAACUAGAAGCAGAGCUGAACCAAUUGAGAGAAGAGAACACCCACCUUAAGCAAGCUUUGGUAGAACUUGAGAGGAAAAGAAAGCAACAGUACCUUGAGGAAAUGAAAACAAAAGUUCAUACCAAGGCUCAAAAGGCUAAGGAGAAACUGAGGAUGUUGAGAAGGAACUUAAGUUUCCCAUUGUGAAUAAAGAGAUGUGAAAGGAGGAAAAGUGGAAGGUCAGACUGAGGAAUGAAACAAGCAAAGGCCAGAUCACAAUGCAGGAAAGGCUAAAGAGAUCAAUGAGGGUGAUGAGAAGAAAUUCGAUUUUCCCACUGUGAAGCAACUCGAUCAUUAUUGCACAACGGUUUGGUGCAUGACAUUGUAUCAGCUGACCUUUCAUUGUGACUAAAAAUUAAUCAAUACCUAAGUGUGUAAAAGCUAGUUAUAUUCAGUGCUGAAGCUACACGUUUGUAAUAUUCUUUCGUUAUAAUUAGGAGAUAAUGUUUCUCUUAGUGUUCUUAUUCCA